CUGGCGAUCGCAUCUUUACAGUCGCUAAACUCAUAGUUACUUUUAGCUUGAAGUUGACAGUUUCUCCCAUUUUUCCAAGAUGGUUAAAGUGCCGGUGCCGUUUGCCUGGAACGAAGAUUUCGCUACCAGCUAUCGACUUAUCGACUUGGAGCACAGAACGCUCUUCAACGGACUGUUUGCCCUCUCCGAGUUCAACACUCGCGACCAGCUGUUAGCUUGCAAGGAAGUCUUUGUGAUGCAUUUCCGUGACGAGCAGGGUCAAAUGGAAAAGGCCAAUUAUGAGCAUUUCGAAGAGCACAAGGGCAUCCAUGAAGGGUUUUUGGAGAAGAUGGGCCACUGGAAAGCGCCUGUCGCCCAGAAAGACAUCAGAUUUGGAAUGGAGUGGCUUGUCAACCACAUCCCAACUGAAGACUUCAAGUACAAGGGCAAAUUGUAAAUGGAACGAACGGAACAAUGCGCCAUCUAUCGGACUAUCGGACUGUAAACCAUACGCAGGAACGUUGGAAUAGUCAACCUAUAAACAGUUCACUCUAGGAGAGAUACGUUACGAAGUUACACAGCCUACAACAACACUGCCAAUUUUAUCAUUUGCUUAUGAUUUAAGAACAAUAAAAAGCUUCCAUUGCAAUUGA